GCAGGAAGCUCCUGCUGAUCCGUGAAGUGGGUGAGAAGUGUCCUGCAAGAGUCCUCGCAAAACAAGGCCCAUCAUGACGGAGCUGAGUGGGAAAGUCCAGACGGUGCUGGGUCUCCUGGAUCCCGAGCAGCUGGGCCGCACCAUGACCCACGAACACCUGACCAUGUCCUUCGAGUGCUGCUACUUUCCCCCGCCCCCCGGUGAGGAGGAGGUGGCGAAGAACCCCUUCCAGAUGCGGCACAUGCACUGGCUGCGGCAGAACCCCUACAGCAGCCAUGAGAACCUGCUGCUGCAGCAGGAGAACAGCGCGGUGAGGGAGGAGCUGCUGGCCUACAAGGCGGCCGGCGGCGGCACCAUCGUGGAGAACACCACCGCCGGGAUAGAGCGGGACCUGCCCGCCCUCAGGAAGCUGGCCCAGGAGACCGGCGUCCACGUGGUGGCCGGAGCUGGCUUCUAUGUGGACUGCACCCACACGGAGGCCACCAAGAGCAUGAGCGUGGAGCAGCUGACCGCCGUCAUCGUGGGCGAGGUGCUCCACGGCGCCGACGGAACCGAGAUCCGCUGCGGGGUGAUCGGAGAGAUCGGCACCGGGUGGCCCAUCACGGAGAGCGAGAGCAGGGUUCUGAAGGCCACGGCUCAUGCUCAGACUCAGCUGGGAUGUCCGGUCAUCAUCCAUCCCGGGAGGAACCCGGCGGCUCCGGCUGAGGUGGUCCGGAUCCUGCAGGAGGCCGGCGGGGACAUCGGCAAAACCGUCAUGUCCCACCUGGACCGGACAUUGUUCCAGGACGGAGAGCUGCUGGAGUUCGCUCGGCUCGGCAGCUACCUGGAGUACGACCUGUUUGGAACAGAGAUGCUCAACUAUCCCUACAACCUGGAGGUGGACAUGCCCAGCGACAGCCAGCGCGUCCAAGCGCUGAACGUGCUGGUGAGGGAAGGCUACGAGGACAAGAUCGUGGUGGCCCACGACAUCCACACCAAGAACCGUCUGACCAAGUACGGCGGCCACGGCUACUCGCACAUCCUGAAGAACAUCGUGCCGAAGAUGCUGAUGCGCGGCUUCACUCAGCAGCAGGUGGACAAGAUCGUCAUCCACAACCCCAAACGCUGGCUGACCUUCAAGUGAGGCGGCAGGAGCGCCGCGCCGCUGUAACUUCGGAGCCAAAGUAAACUUGGAUCACAAAUCUUAUUUUUCUAUGAUUAGCUCGUAUCGAUUGGCCACAUCCACUCGAGCCAGGCGGGGUCACUGGGGUCAGGUCUCGUGUUCUAGUCCAGGGCUUCUGAACCUUUCUGGUCUGGGGGCCCACCUUCCCAGAACCAAUGGCCCCGGGGCCCAUUCAAGGAAUAGAAGUGAUUCAUCACUCUUGAUUUCAUUUGUGAUCAACAACCAUAUUUAAUCUACUCACACGUAAACAAAGCAAAACCUUGUGAAAUGACAUGAAACCAUGUGAUCAGUGAAAGAUAUUUGUCAUGGAAAGGUCCAACCAGCAGCAGAAGCAGCUGCAAGUCAUGUUCAUCACAUUUACUAAAGGAAAAAAAGAAAAAAAAAUACACUUGAUGCAAACUGUUGAGAAAGUUGGAAUAACUCAAUAAAAUUAUGAAUAAAAUAUAAUAAAACCAUGUCUAAAUAUUAUAUAAUAAAAAUAUUUUAUUUAAACUGCAAAGAAGAUAUAAGUUAAGUGUAAAUGAAAGUGUCACCAUAAAAUGUUCUAAUUCAUUUUCAAAACUGCUCCGACAGGUGCUUUCACGAACAGUGUUUAAUGUAGGGGGCGCCAUCACUUUUUUCAAUUCAGUGACUCACUGCUGCCACCGAACGUGGCUCAUAACUGAGCGUCUCACAGCCCAAAGGUGUCAAACAAAACAACUUCUAGCAGCCCUCUAGGGGGCGCUCAAGGCCCAAUGGUUCAGAAUCCCUGCUCUAGUCAGGACCAGAGAACACAGACGCCCAAUUCAAGACCGAGUCGGACUGAGACCAAAGUGAAUACAGUUUAGUCACCUAUUACCCUUCAAUUCUGUAGGAUUUUAGGUGGUGGGAGGAGUGCCUCACAUGCACUAACCACUGUGCUGCUUGAAGUAUAAAUUCAAUGCUAAAACUAGAAGCUGGACUCGAUUUGAAGAUCAAAUAAAAAUGAUUGGUGAUA